GCUCCUUCCCUCAUCAGCUCCAAGUCAUUACGUCAGACGCAGAAUAGGGGACGUCCAAAAACGCAUCAUUUGUAAACGCAAUUUACAAAGUAUAACGUUACGGGAAAGUUUUGUUUUUAUGGUCUUCAGGCUGGUGAGGGGGAAACCGGGUGAACUGUGCGCCAUAAAGGACAUAAACGUCAUCUUCAUCUGAGAUGGAGAAGAACUCGAGUGAGAUUGAGCGCGCGGAUCCGGGAGCGGAGACCGCUGGUCAGUUAUAUGCUCAUUGCUUUCCUCUCAGUCCAACUGUUUUUCAUUGUCCAUGUCCGUGGGAUUUGUCUAUGGGAGACCUCCUGCAAGACCCCUUCCUCGUUUCUGUUCACAUCAUAACAGAUCCAGGUGAGGCAAAAACACUCCAAAGUGCUGCAGACCAACUCCUCUCCCUCCUCCACCCACAACUGACCCUCUUCAGAGUGUCAGAGCGAGCAGAAAGGCCCCAACCAAGGCCACAGUGCCUAACGGACCUCCACCUAUCUCUUUGUCCAUACCUAUCUGUCAUCCUCUUCUUGCAAGAAGAUUAUGGAAGGGAAGAGAGCCAUGAGCAGCAGCUGAGAUGCCCUCCAUGGCGUUACCACCACACAGAGUACGUAAAAGACUUAACAUUUUCCCCAGCAAUGCAGGAUUUCUUCAUACUAGCCCCUGGCACACCACUGUGGGCCCUGCAGCAGGUACAUUAUGGAAAGGAGAUUGUACGAUUCACUAUAUAUUGCCGAUAUGAGACCUACAGUGAUCAGGUGCGUCUCUACAGACUGCUUCUGCGUCGCCCUCUAGCACAGAGAAACCAGCUUUAUAGCUUCUGCGUGGUCUACUCUAACCACCACAUGGAGAUUCAACUAUCAUUUAAGCGGUUACCAAAAGGACAAGAUCCUACACCCACUGAAUGCACCCUUAUGGAGAUACGUGUGAGAAAUAUGGCUGAACUCAUAGCACUUCUGCCCCAUCCCUGUAGACCAAUCAGUGACAUACGUUGGCAAACCAAGGAUUACGAUGGGAAUAAGAUAUUACUGCAGGUACAGGGCUCAUCAGAAAGGUCAAGGGACACCAUUCCCUCCUCUCCAUCUUCAGAGACUCCCUCUUUUCCACCAUCAAACAGUUAUGGCCCUGAUGCCUACAAGAAGUGUCGCUGCCUAAGCACCUCCUGCUCCCAUACUCAGAAUCUGCUCAUGCAGUCUUCUCCUACUUCCCUACCACUGCAAUGUAAGCAGGAGGACAUAGAGAGUGUUCAGUGUAGCCAGGAAAUUAUGUCUGCUGGAUGGACAGAUUACCACACUCACUCCCUAAUCUCAAUGGCAACAAAAGCAUUUCAUUCAGUAAGCACCUAUCCUUCCACUUCCCAUCCGUUCAGUUCCAUCUCUCUUACAAUGCCGAGGUUCCGGAUAAAUGUAGACACAUUAGUCGGAGCUGAAGAGACAGAUGUAGACACGGGACAAGCAGUAAUCAGCAGAUCUGUAGAUCUUUCUGUGGUCUCAGCUUACUUGCUCCCACACACACAAAUUAUUUCAAGAGCUAGAGUCCCACAGCCUCUAUCUGAGCCUCCGCAGUUAUUCAGCAAGGCAUCAUCUCUAAAACACUCAAAUAAAACAGCAUCGCUUCCAAAAUGUGUGUGUGCACUUCAGGUCAGUUCGAAAUGGAGUAGAGGUGAGCAUCAGAGCAAUGGCUUAGAAAUAACUACAGACUGCAAAGAAGAGGACAAACAGGAGUUCUUCAUCUGAUGCACAAACACUGGAUAAUGAAACCUUCAUUCAUCUUCAAUAACCGCUUUAUUCUGUUCAGGGUUACAGCAGUCAUUUAAUGACUUUCUAAUCAAGUAAACUCCAACCCAAAUGCUAGUUGAAAAGAAAAUAAUUACACUUGCAAGUAGCCAAAGUAAACUGAGUCGGAUUAAAAAAAAAAAAAUCUUUUUGAAACUUAUUAAACUGCAAUAAACAGGAUAGCAGCUGACUACUGUCUGAAAGUGAAAAGACUGAUGACGCUGGAUUCAUUUCCACCCUAAUCCAUCAGAGACGUGAUAUUGUGAAUCCUGUAGACUGAUCAUCUAGAGUGGGUAUGGAAUUAAGGUUGUCUGAAGGAAGGUUGACCUGCAUGGGUCAAGUGAUCACUGAUCUACACUAAUUUAUUUCAUUCAAAGACCCCGAAAAUGUUUUGUAAAUAUAUGUCUUUGCUUCAUACAUGCAGAAUAUUGCACAAAUAUUCACAGAUGUUAUUUAACCCUCUAAUGUUGCAGCUGUCACUGGCAAUAAAAAGAUGCAUGUUAUAAUUAUUUUUCGUUUGUAGCAAGGGACAAGCCAAAAAAUUGGUCAGAAGUGUUUGUUCUAAACUGUAACUUGCUAACAUAUGUGUAUUUGUACACAGAAGAUUUAUUUUAUUAUGAAUUUAAUGUGGUGGAAGUAUAUUACUGUGUGUAGUGUUAUUUGUCUAAAAGAAGAAAAAAACAACUCUGUAGGCCUUUUUCGUUUUAAUUUUUUAUUUUUAUUUUUGCCAUAGAAAACAGGAAACAGGAAGUAAAAAAAAAAGGAAUCCAAAUGUGUUGACACAUCACUUUGAAAAAGGUUACAUCAGAACUUCAUAAUAAAGAAACAAUGCAUUAUUUUGACAUGUUAGUAUACCUGUAUGUAAUCUGGUAUAUGGUCUAAAUGGUCUGCUUCUUCUGGAACUCAAUUAAGGGAUCUUGUAUGGUAGCACUUCUUGUAUUGUUCUCUGCUUGAUAUAUCGCUUUGCUUGUAUUUUCUCAUUUGUAAAACGCUUUGGAUAAAAGCUUCUGUUAAAUGAAUAAAUGUAAAUGUAAAAGCAAUGUAAAUGGGGAUUUCGGGUCUAGAGUGUUCCACAGGCCUCUGUAUUUGUUCUACUUUUUGUUUCCCAUGCACUGGAUUAAAUGAAAGAAAAUGUUUUUAAGUUAUACUUAUAACUUAAAGUAGUGGUCACCCUGCUCACCCCUUUCCUGGAGAUCUACCUUCUUGAAGACUUUAGCUCCAACCAUAAUGGUGUUCACCUGACCAUCUAAUCAUUGCCUUAAGAAGUUCUUGAUCAACUAAAACAGGUGUGUUAGAUUUUGCUUGGAGAUGAAACCUGCAAGAAGGUAGAUCUCCAGGAAGAGGGUUGGUGACCACUGCUCUAAACACUCAGCAGCAGUGUGUCCCUUUAUGCACCUAGAGGAAAACAAAGCAAAAAGUAAAUAGCACAAAAAAAAUCACAAAUAUUCUAUAAAUUUUAUAGGAAUAUAAAAAUUCUAUACUCUAAGUAUGAAACAAUUUAACCAAUUAAUCCUGGGUGAGGUAUAAACAUCUCCAUUGUGAAGUAAAUAUCAGUAAACCUGAUAAAACCUGGAAUAUUCUGAAUCAAUUACGCAUGAAAAUUACCUAAGUAAAGAAAUAUUGCUUUAAAAAAUAUGCUUUGAUUUUGUAAGGAAACCUUACACACAAUAACCUACAGUGAUAUUUAUAAAAGUUUCUCCUUGAGCUAGAAUAAAAAAAAUAUGUAGGCAAAUUAAACAUAUCAAAACAUAUUAUUAUAAACAUAUUAUUUAAAAAAAUUUAUAAUAAUACGUAAAUUUAAAAAUAUAUAUUUUUCUAAAACAGACAAUUCUAUUUUGUAUUUAUAAUAAUUAUAUAAUUGUUUCUUUUCCCCUUUUAAUUAAUUUCUGCAUCCAUGUAUAUAUCUUUUUCUGUAUUUUUAAUCAAUUUAUUUUAUUUAUAUAUCUUUUAAACGUUCUUUUUCUGAAGUUCUGUAUCUUUUUUUGGACAUUUACCCCUUUAUUUACUUAUUUAUGUACAUAUAUCAGGCCACAUGGCAGUGCAGUAGGUAGCGCUGCACACAAGACCAGGUGUCCGGCUCGAGCCUGAGCCUAGGUUCCUGUCUGUGUAGAGUUUCUCUGCAUGCUAAUACAGAUAGGUGGAUUGGCUAUGCUAAAUUGCACCUAGGUGUGAAUAUGUGCCUGUGUCAGGGUUGCGGCAAAAGGGUGCUGAACUACA